AUGGAGAGCGGCUGGAUCGCCCUCAUCGUCUUGGUGGGCGCUUGCGUUUUUUCGUGGCUCUGGUCGCUGCUAACGGCGCCACGUUUUAGUGUCCACGGCAAGCACGUGCUUUUCACUGGUACUGAAACUCCGCUCGGACUGGCAGUUGCCAAGAAGUAUGUCAAGAAGGGAGCAAAUGUGACGCUGAUUGGCCCUGCGAUGGAAAUUCUCGAGGCAACACAAAGUGAACUCCAGAAAUCCAAGAGGCUAACGCCACGAGCCACGGAUCACGUCGUGUACGCAGCCAGCAGACGCAUCAAGCCCGGAUACUUCUGGGAGCAGGAUGUUGCAUCGAUGAAGGAGGCGAUGGAUGUCAACUACCUUGGUGCGGUUGCUGCUCUGCCGGCGAUGAUUAAAGCGAAAACCCGUGGACGGAUCGUGUUCGUGAGUAGUGUGGACAGUCUCGAAUUUCCUGUUGGUUGUGGUGCCUGCAGUGGCUCGAAAAGUGCCAUUCGAGGACUGGCGGAUAGCUCGCGCAACGAACUACUGCAGUAUAACAUGUCUGUGGCGGCUAUUCCACAUUCACAGAUCAAAGUCUGGCAGCAACGAAAUCGUGAAGUCGACAAGCAGGCGCAGGUGGUUGUUAUCGAUGGUCUGUGGCUUGGCCAGUACUCGAUCACUACCACGUGGAACGGCUUUUUGCUCCGCAUGCUCAGCAACGGCGUCGAGCCGCGCAACAACAACUUUCUAGAGUGUAUUUUUCCUCUUCUUUGCCGGAUGCACCGCCUCGUGCUGGCUCACGUCUAA